AUGGUGUACUAUCAUGGACAUGGGGGUUGGGGCCAUCACGGAGGAUACCAUGGAGGGUGGGGACAUGGUGGACACCAUGGUUACCACGGAGAGAGGCACCAUCUGCCUACGGGGGGAUACUACUCCAGUUAUCCCAAUCUAGCCCACGCUGGCCAUUACGGAGGGGGACAUUUGGGACAUUAUGGGGGAAGUACGCAUCACUUGCAUGGAGGAUGGGGACACCACUAG